UGGGAUACAUAUUUGGAGGCAGCCUUGUUCGCGACCCGCGUUCGGAUGCAGUCGAUAACUAAAUAUUCGCCAUAUUAUCUUGUAUAUAGACGGAAUCCCCGGCUUGCCAGCGAUAACUACCCUGAAAUACCCCUUCAAGCUCUUUCCAAAGACGAGUUAGUGGUGCGGAUAGAAGGUGUUCGUCAUGCAAGAGACCUAGCGAACGAUCGGCUCUUGGAGAGAGCGAAGAACGCUAGCUUGCUUGACCCUGACUUAGUAAAAGAUGAGCCUUCGGCGCUCCAACUGAGUAUCGGUGACUGGGUGUUACUGAAGAACCAGCAUCGAACUAAGUGUCAGGCGAAGUGGUUCGGCCCAUACAGGAUUGUGGCCCGAAAUCCACUCGGAACAUAUACCCUUGCGACUCCUAAGGGGGAUAUC